AUGAAGCCUCGAGUUGGAUGUUGGCCGAGGCGAAGGGCUGUCUGGCGGCCCUCUUCAUUGCGCCUAUUAGGAGCUCGCCACACCCACAACGAUUCGAGACAGCGGAUAUCUGACUUCUGGAUACCAACAGUCAAUGUUCAAAAGCAAGAUGCAGCUACAGACGCGACCCAGCUGCUCAUACGCGCGGGCUUUCUGCGGCAAGCGUAUGCUGGUAUCUUCCAGAUGCUACCGCUGGGCCUUCGAGUACAGGAAAAACUGGAGCGAUUGAUCGACAAACACAUGAGAUCGGUCAAAGCUUCCAAGGUCUCCUUGUCGUCUAUCUCGUCGCAGGCACUGUGGGAGAAAUCCGGGCGCUUGAAGGCGGGCGGCGAAAUGUUCACCUUUCAAGACCGGAAGGAUGUAGGAUGGCUACUGGCCCCGACGCAUGAAGAAGAGAUCACCAACUUGCUUGCCGAACUCAUCCAUACACCGCAACAACUGCCCAUUCGACUCUAUCAAAUCAGCAGGAAGUAUCGUGACGAGAAACGACCCCGUGGCGGACUGCUGCGCGGGCGCGAAUUUCUAAUGAAAGAUCUGUACACGUUCGACCACAACCCCGAAGCAGCGCAUAUAACAUACGACGAGAUCCGAAAUGCGUACCGCAGCUUUCUCGACGAGCUCAAGAUCAAGUACAUCGAAGCAAGAGCCACCUCGGGCGAUAUGGGUGGCAACCUCAGCCAUGAAUAUCACUUUCCCAAUUUCGCCGGAGAGGACACCGUCAUCACGUGCUCAGACUGUGACUACGCACGCAACGAAGAAUUUGUCUCACAGCUGCCAUACAAGCGUGAACUGUUCAACAACGUUGAAGACUUCCUGCAGAAUUACUCCGGCCAAGGCGAGAUUCCAGGCGGGUUUCUCCAGGAAGACUUUCUCAGCACAGAUCGGCUGAGUCUCGUUCGCGUUAUUACUGCCAAAGCCUUUGAGCGGGCUUCAUCCCGCGAGAUCGCUACACGCACCGUAAACCCCUAUGCUGUCAAAGCGGCCUUGAACGGCAUAUUGGAUAUCGACACAGGGGUCGAGGAUCCCUUGGAUCACUUCAAGGAAUCACUGAGUGACCAUCUGGGCCACGAUGGUUCGAAGCAGCGGUCGGUGUAUUACGUCCUCGACUCGACUGUCCCUGCUGGGCUGGUUCCUCGCUCCUCUGUCUCCGAGUUCCUGGAUGCUCAAGUCAACCAUUACGCCGUCCGAGCACCACAGAACGCGCGAAUGGGUGCAAAUAGCUUGUUGAAGCGAGAAUCUGGCGACCCUUGCCCGCAAUGCAAAGCCGGCACCCUGAGCAUCGACAAAGCCAUUGAAAUCGGCCACACUUUCCACCUGGGAACACGUUAUAGCUCGAAACUUGGCCUUGCUACUAAGCAGGAAGGCGGCAAACAAUCUACGCCUGUGGAGAUGGGCUGCCACGGAAUCGGCGUGUCUCGACUGAUUGCAGCUACGGCAUCCUGCCUUUCUGACGAAGUUGGACUCAAUUGGCCGAGGGCUAUUGCGCCGUUCGAAGCUGUCAUCGUUGUCCAACCGUCGCAGGACCAAAGACUGCAAGCUGCAGAGUGCCUUUAUGAUCAGCUGUCCGCGACCAAUCUGGGUGGCGUGGAUGCCAUACUCGAUGACCGGAAUCAGGGCACGGGCUGGAAACUAAAAGACGCCGACAUGAUUGGGUAUCCUGUUAUCGUGGUGAUUGGGAAGGCCUUCGACAAGGGCAAAGUGGAGGUCCAGUGCCGGCGGUUGAAGGUAAAGCAGGAGGUCGACAUCGAAAGCACACAUGACUUUGUGCAUCGUCUGUUGAAGCAACUGUGA